AGCACAAUGACAGCAACAGGAAGUACGUCACCAAAUUUCCCCGAGUCGCCCAAGUGAAAGCAUGGUAGCAUGGCAUGCCGGGAAUGGUAGUCCGUUAAUAGCUGGUUUCCCCUGCGACCCGUUUCUAUUGGAACGGCAAUUCCCAGUAUGCAUCUUGCUCGCAGUUUGCUGGGUUGGGGCCGAUGCUUUCUGGGAAAUGUAGUCUUCCGCCUCUACUGCUUCUUGUGCGUUCUAUGGAGUUGGAAUGGUAGAGGACUCCGUUUCCCGGCAAGGCCACGAAUGCCCACGGGCGCCCGGUCGCGGUGGCCAUUUUGUUCCGCCCCGAGUGCCCCUAAGAUGGCGGCGAGGGAGACGGUGAAGGUUGUCGGUUGCUCUUCUGGUCUGUAACUGCCGUCUCCCUGUCCCCCCCGCGGCCAGCCCAUGGCCUGACGACAGCCCAGACCAUGGACCUCCACACUGCCGUAUACAAUGCCGCUCAUGACGGCAAGUUGCAGCUGCUCCAGAAGCUGCUCGGCGGCCGGAGCCGGGAAGAGCUUGACGAGCUGAUGGGCGAGGUGACGACCGGGGGGACGCCACUGCUCAUCGCCGCCCGCUACGGCCACCUGGACGUGGUGGAGUACCUGGUGGACCGGUGCGGCGCGAGCGUGGAGGCCGGGGGCUCGGUCCACUUCGAUGGCGAGACCAUCGAAGGCGCGCCGCCGCUGUGGGCCGCCUCGGCCGCCGGCCACCUGGACGUGGUGCGGAGCCUGCUGCGGCGCGGCGCCUCGGUGAACCGCACCACGCGCACCAACUCCACGCCCCUGCGCGCUGCCUGCUUCGAUGGCCACCUCGAGGUGGUUCGCUACCUGGUGGGUGAGCACCAGGCCGACCUGGAGGUCGCCAACCGGCACGGCCACACGUGUCUCAUGAUCUCGUGCUACAAGGGCCACCGCGAAAUCGCGCGCUACCUCCUGGAGCAGGGCGCCCAGGUGAACCGGCGCAGCGCCAAGGGCAACACUGCCCUGCACGACUGUGCCGAGUCCGGCAGCCUGGAGAUCCUGCAGCUGCUGCUGGGCUGCAACGCCCGCAUGGAGCGCGACGGCUACGGCAUGACCCCCCUGCUGGCAGCCAGUGUGACCGGCCACACCAACAUCGUGGAAUACCUCAUCCAGGAGCAGCCUGGCCAGGAGCAGACCCCCCCAGGGCUCAUCCAGGAAGGCAGCUCCACCAGCCAGGGCUGCUUGCAAGGGGCUCGCAGCUGCAGCUCCUCGGCAGAGGAGCAAGUCAACAGCGAAUCCUAUGAAAGCUGCUGCCCCACCAGCAGGGAGGCUGCUGUGGAAGCCUUGGAGUUGCUGGGAGCCACCUACGUGGAUAAGAAGCGUGACCUGCUUGGGGCCCUUAAACACUGGAGACGGGCUAUGGAGCUGCGGCACCAGGGGGGCGAGUAUUUGCCCAAACCGGAGCCCCAGCAGCUGGUCCUGGCCUAUGACUAUUCCAGGGAGGUGAACACCUCGCAGGAGUUGGAAGCGCUGAUCACAGACCCGGAUGAGAUGCGCAUGCAGGCUCUGCUCAUCCGAGAGCGCAUCCUGGGCCCCUCGCACCCAGACACAUCCUAUUAUAUUCGGUACCGAGGUGCAGUGUAUGCCGACUCUGGCAACUUCGAGCGCUGCAUCCACCUGUGGAAGUAUGCCCUAGACAUGCAGCAAAUGAACCUGGAGCCGCUGAGCCCCAUGACUGCCAGCAGCUUCCUGUCCUUUGCUGAACUCUUCUCCUAUGUGUUACAGGAUCGGGCUGCCAAGGGCAGCCAGGGCACGCAGAUUGGCUUUGCAGACCUCAUGGGGGUGCUCGGCAAAGGGGUACGGGAGGUAGAGCGGGCCCUGCAGAUGCCCAAGGAGCCUGGGGACUCAGCCCAGUUCACCAAGGCGCUGGCCAUCAUCCUGCACCUUCUCUACCUGCUGGGGAAGGUGGAAUGCAGCCCCAGCCAGGAGCACCUGAAGCACCAGACCGUCUACCGCCUGCUUAAGUGUGCGCCCCGUGGCCGCAAUGGCUUCACACCGCUGCACAUGGCAGUGGACAAGGAGACCACCAACGUGGGCCGCUACCGCGUGGGCACCUUCCCCUCACUGCAUGUGGUCAAAGUGCUGCUGGACUGUGGGGCCGAUCCGGACAGCCGGGACUUUGACAACAACACCCCGCUGCACAUUGCGGCCCAGAACAACUGCCCGGCCAUCAUGAGUGCCCUGAUCGAGGCUGGUGCCCACAUGGAUGCCACCAAUGCCUUCAAGAAGACGGCCUACGAGCUGCUGGACGAGAAGCUGCUGGCCAGGAGCUCCGUGCAACCUUUCAACUAUGUCACCCUGCAGUGCUUGGCCGCCCGCACCCUAGACAGGAACAAGAUCCCCUACAAAGGCUUCAUCCCCGAGGAGCUAGAGGCUUUCAUUGAGCUGCACUGACCUCCCCACCCCGCCGAGGGGAGAGGUGGGCAGGUGGGCGGCAGAUCCCCAUUCUCGCCUUGGCGAGGUGAGCGUGAGGUGGCAGAAGGGUUCCCCUGCUUCCCGCCUCCUCCACCUAUGCAGAGGGGAAGGGAGUUCAGAAGCGUCGCUCCGGGAGCCCACCCACCCAUCCUGCGGCUGAAGAAGACGCCAGAGCCUCCGUGCUGUUGCCUGGGUGUCGGAGGAGCUGUUCCCUUGUGCUUGAAACACAGGGAGGGGCCGAGAACUGGUCCCCCAGUUCCUGUGCGAAGGCACCUAGCACACUCAGGACCAGGCCUCCCAGAAGUUGGAGAGUCAAGAAGCAAGGCCGCUCUCGGUCCUUCCAGCAUGGUCAUCCCGAGCCCGCCCAGCCCAGGCAGCCUGCCACUUGAGUAGCUUGCGGCUGGUUUGUUCACAUAGUAAGCAGGUAGUGUCCAAGCACUGCACACACGACCGGAGAUGCUGCUGCCUUCCUUAGUGAUUUUCUUAGGAAUUUCAUUGUCGAACUCGAUGUUCAACCCAAGGCCUGAGGGCUUUGUGGUGUGUCAGGUGGCUGACUCGCCUGUGACGGGAAGUGACUGGGGGAGCGAAGUCAGAGGUCACAGCCCCAGUUGGUCACAAGGACAGAUGUCUUUGUUUUUAUGGGCCUCCCAACUUUGCAUUCACAUGAAAGAACUUCUUCUUACCAAGGAUGAGGUCAGGUGCUGAAGGAACGACAGCAAAACUUGACAGGUUUGCCACCCUGCGCCUGGCUCAGCACUGUCUACGAGUUCAAACAACAGGUCGCUUGUGCCAGCCUCACCUGCUCCGAGGACCAGACCCAGGAACAGCUCCAGGGCCAUUCGCCGGGCUGGUGGUUCAGCUGGGCAGUGAGCAGCCCCAGCUCCACAAAGCAGAAGCCAAGAGCCAGCUGGGUUCAGGUCCGCAGAGUCCCACAGGGCAAGUGUGGGUGCCAGAGAGGUCCCCCAGCAGGGUCCUUUCCAGGAGCAAGAGCAGCGGGAGUGCGACAGAGGCAGCUGCCCCAGGUCAGCUGCAGAUGGGCCCCCAGAGCCCAGCACACUGCCCUGCAAGGGGAAUUAGGUGUGGAUUUGCAGUGUUCUCUAGGAAAUUAUUGAUUGAUAAGAUAGGCUUCGGCUUCGACUUCCCUCAGGAGGGGGCGCCAUUCCCGUCUCUUCCAGAGCACAGAGCAGAGCCGAGGGCUGCAGUUGUGUCUCUGUGCUGCGUUUAUGGUAUUAAAGGAAGGUACUGGAAUAGAA